AUGGAGGACCCCGUGGAGCCGAGAUCGAACGUUGAUAUCGACCCUAGAAUCGAGGCAGAAUUUCUCGAUCCAGAAAGAGGAUGUCCAUCUACGCCAACGACUAGCCCCGAUGCCGAUCGAUACCUGAGCACUGAUGCUGAGGGCGGCGGGAUAUGUGAGAGCAUACCGGACCAGGCCACCGAUCGGACGGACACCAAAGAUAUCAAGACGGGAAAUCAGACUGACAUCAAGGAUAUCGAGUCGAAAACGGAACAUCAAACCCAGAUCCAACUCAAUCAAGCCCAGAUCAAACUCGAUCCCGGCGAAGAACCCGACGCAAAACUCCCGAUCUGCCCGACUGAGGGCGUCGGAAAACGAGAUCCGCCGGCAGAAGGAGCUACAGCGACCACCCCACAGGAUGCCGAGGACGAUGAGGAGAUAUAUUACCAUGACAGUGGCGAUCUCUCAGCGGAAGAUCUUGAAGGAAACCUGGCUGUCCUCUCCGAAAUCCGGAUCACGACGACUGCGAAGGUGAGCAUUGAGGAUCUGCAGGUGGGAGACUCCGGAUCGGCCACACCUGAGGAGAUCGAGAGGCUCCGGCAAAUAAUCUGGAAGAAGCGACAUCUUCUGAUCGACAAAGGGAACGCCUUACCCCCCUGUGGCCAAGGGCGUCGUGUGUGA